GUGUAUAGUGCUAGAGAUAAUAGCGAUAGUUGCCUGCUGCAUAGCAACUUUGAUAUAAUCGAGUUUUGGCAACGUUUGCGUCAUUUUGAUUCUUUGGUUUUCCGUCAAUUUUAUUACACACAGCGGGCAAUAAAAAAAUUUGCCAAAAUUCCGAAAAAUCCGAGAAAAACACCAAAAACUUCGACACGUACCGCAUCGGCAACCGGUGGCGGUGGCGGCGGUGCUGGCGGAGGUGCCACCACCAGCACGAAAAUGGCAUCUAAAAGAAAAGCAUCGGUGUUGCUGCACAAGGAAACCAUACCAGCAACACCGGCCACAAGCACCGAUACCAGCAGUGUUGUCGGUGUAGGAGGCGGUGGCGUUGGAGGAGGCAAUGGCGGUGGCGGCGCUGGAGGCAUUGUCAGUGCUGGCAGCGUAUUGGGACUAGACAUUGCCAGCGGAUUGGGCGGCGGGGGCGGUGGUGUGAGCAGCGAGUCCGAAGCAUAUGCGGGCCUCAUGAAGGAUGCCGAUAAACUGAAGCUAAUGCUGCUCGCCUGGAACUACCAGAACUCGACGGCCGUGCGGAACGGCACCGAGGGACCCGACCUUAGUGUGGUGGGCGGUCUCUGGGCGCAGUAUCAGAACGCGCUUGCCCAGAAUGCUGCGGCCGUGGCGGCGGCCACCAGUAAAAUGGAUAGCUCGUUGUCUCCAGUGCCCAGGCAGGAUGCUCCAUCGCCCAUGGAGGCGCAGGAUGAGACCAACUCAUCGGGGCAGAAGGAAGAGGAUGAGGUUUCCGAGGACGAUUCCGAUGACAAAAUGGACGAGAAACUGGCCACGCCACACGAUCCUGAGCGCCUCAAGGCCUUCAAUAUGUUUGUACGCUUGUUUGUGGACGAGAACCUGGACCGCAUUAUACCCAUCUCCAAGCAGCCAAAGGAAAAGAUCCAAGCCAUCAUCGAUUCGUGCGCUCGACAAUUUCCCGAGUUCAGCGAUCGUUCCCGCAAACGCAUUCGCACCUAUCUCAAGUCGUGCCGACGCAACAAGAAGACACGAGACGGCUGGGAGAACACGACCCGACCAACUCCCGCUCACUUGACGUCCGUGCAGGCGGAACAGAUCCUGGCGAUCGCCUGCGAAAAUGAGUCCAUGAACGCAAAGCGAAUGCGCAUUGGCCUGGAGCCGAUUACCCAUGCGGUGCCAGCGCCGGGCAGCGUUGUUGCCGCAGCAGCUGCUGCCGCUGUUGCCGGCACCAGCUCCACAUCCUCGAGCAACGCGGCAACCGUCACCUGCACGGCAGCCGAUGCGGCUGGCCUGACCAGUGUGGCAGCUGCUGCGUUGCCCUUUGUCAGCGCCGUGGGCUUUGCCCGAUCCACGCCCAACUCGGAGCACGCGGACGCAGCGUUUGGAGGCGUUGCCAAUUUGGCUGGUGCUGGCAGUGCAGGCGGCAACAGCACUAGUGGUGCUGCUGGCGGCGGCACUGGUGGCAUGAGCUCGGCGCGCAGCUCACCGCUGGCCUUGAGCUCGAAUGCCAGCGUUGGCGGCACGAGUAUGACUGGCUUGACGCUGGCCAACGGCGCUGGUGGGGCAUCAAAUGGUGCCGGCCUGCCCUCCAGCAGCCCCUAUACCACGGACUUCAGCUCGCCCUCGGCGGCCUCGCCUUUUGUGGCGGCAGCAGCGGCAGCGGCUGUUGCAGCCGGUCGAGCGCCCAGCUAUCCUGGCUACUUUCCCGGUGUCGCCGGCCUGGGUAAUGUUACGCCCACCGAUCUCUCCAUGAAGCCGACGUCACUGGGUGUUGGCAUCGCCGGCAGCAGUAGCAGCAGCAACAACAACAACAACAGCAACACGGUCAGCGCACAGCUGAGUGCCGCCAAUCUGGCCACACUCAGCAAUGCCAGCAACAACAAUGCUCUGGUCACCGCCACACAGCAGCUGCAGCAGCUGCAACAACAACAGCAGCAACAACAACAGCAACAACAGCAACAACAGCAGCAGCAGCAACAGCAGCAACAACAACAACAGCAGCAACAACAACAGCAACAGCUGCUCUCCGCGUCCGGUGAUGCCAACUGCUCCCGAGUGGCGCCAAUUCUCCCACACAAGCUGAGCCCCAACGAGGUGACCGCUGCCCGGCAGGUUAUUUCGGCGUAUAGGGAGAGUGCGGCGUUUCUGCUACGCACCGCUGACCAGGUGGAGCAGCUGCUCGUCCAGCAGCAGUAGGCGUGGCUGUGGGCGUUGGCGUGGCCGUGGCCGUGGCCGUGGCAGGGGUAGAUGUGCAGACAUUGGGGCACUCUUUCCAAACCCAAGAGACGCGAGGCGCGCUCGGGUUGUUCCUAUUUAAAUUUAAAUUUAAAUUGAAUUACACACUGCAACAACAGCAACAACAACAAUAACACCAAUAGCACACAGCAACUAAGCAAAUUAGAAAGCAGAAAAUAGUCAAAGCAUACAAGCAAAACAAA